CCAAAAACCCUACUAUCUACUCUUGUUUUUAUUUUAUGUUUUUCGCGCAAUUUCAGUGGUGACGUUUUCAGUGUAUUUUGUUCGGAUCGGAUCGGAAAAACCAUGGCAGAUCACCCUGAGAGCACGGAGACGAAGUCGGAGUCUUUGAUCGAGAAGAUUAGCGAGAAGAUCCAAGGACAUGACGAUUCUUCAUCGUCGUCGUCGGACUCUGAAUCGGAACAAGUGAAACCGGAAUCUCCGUCGUCUGUUAAGGCCAAGAUUUUCAGGCUUUUCGGACGAGAAAGGCCAGUUCACCAGGUUUUCGGCGGAGGAAAACCUGCCGAUGUGCUAUUGUGGAGAAACAAGAAGAUUUCAGCUAGCUUUCUUGGAAGUGUCACUGCAGCAUGGGUCUUCUUUGAAUUGCUCGAAUACCACCUACUUACUCUUGUUUGUCACAUUUUGAUUGCCGCACUUGGGCUCUUGUUCUUGUGGUCAAAGGCACAUACCUUUAUCAACAAGACUCCACCUCGCAUCCCACAAGUUCAGAUUCCGGAAGACCCAUUUCUCCAGGUGGUUUCUGCGCUUACUAUUGAAAUCAACCGGGGUUUUGCACUCUUGCGUGAUAUUGCAUCUGGAAGAGACUUGAAGAAGUUUCUCAUGAUUAUCGCUGGUUUUUGGAUUCUUUCAAUUGUGGGUAGCUGGUGCAAUUUCUUGACCUUGUUCUACAUAGCUGUGAUUUUGCUGCACACGUUGCCUGUUCUCUAUGAAAAGUACGAAGACAAGAUUGACCCGUUGGCAGAGAAGGCAACAUUUGAGUUGAAAAAGCAGUAUGUAGUUUUGGAUGCCAAGGUUUUGAGUAAGAUUCCCAAAGGUCCUCUGAAGAAGUUUGUUUAGAGAGGGCUCUGCUUAGGCUUGCUUGGGGAGGCUGCCCCUGACAUUUUGGUAACCUCAUGGUUUUGUAGCUUGUGAUGCCAAGUCAUUUUCUCACAUCGUUUCAUAGGUCCCUUCUUGCUCGUCUGCACAAUGCCUUUCAAUGGGCGCCUACCUCUUCCUUUUGGCUUGGUUUGCUUUUGGUGAUUGUGGUUUCAGCUUCCCUUUAAGUUGUAGAAUUUAUUUAUAUGCAUUUUGUACUCAAGUUUUUAGAAAACAAGCACCGUAAGCAUAUUCGUAUCCAAUACAAGUUUAUUAGCUGGAUAUUAAUGGUCGCUUGUACAUGGGUUGUCACUAAAAUAUUUUGAACAGUUGUGGUGUUCGAGCUUCUUUCUUUUUUGUAAA